GUAGUUCUGUGAUCAGUUCUGCAAUUCUACGUUCUAUGUCAGUGCAGCGUGAAAAAUUUGAAAGUAGUAACCGUAACGGACGCAGUUUUCGAGUUUUGUUACUUUUGUUGUUGAUUGUCAAGAGCAAGAUAAAGAAAACGAAGUGCAGACACUAUUCCGUAAUUUUUUCAUUUUCAUCACCGUCACCCAUGUAAAUCAACGUUAUCCUGGUGGAACAAAGUACCCUCGAUAAUAUGGGGAAAAGCAAACGCGACACAACAACUCCCAGGAGGAGGGUGUCUAUGACGAAAAAACGUACAUUUGAUCGAACCAUUGCCAAAGUUAUUUCUCGUCCAAACUCAGCAGCUAGCACUGUACAACCUCCAGCUGUUGCAAACAUAAGAGUAGUGGUCAGAGUCAGGCCUCCAAAUAUAAAAGAACAGGAUGAAAAUCACAGGUGUGUUGUCAAAGUUGUGGAUGAUCAGAUGCUCAUAUUUGACCCAAAAGAAGAGACACAAGGUUUUUUCUUCCAUGGGGUGCAGCAGAAAAACAGGGACUUUCUCAAAAAGGCACACAAGGAUAUGAAGUUUGUUUUUGACAAGGUGUUUUCUCAGGAAUCUAUUACAGAGGAUGUGUUCAAAAACACCACUUAUUCCCUUAUUGAUUCGCUUAUGGGUGGAUUCAACUGCUCUGUGUUUGCAUAUGGUGCUACAGGGGCUGGUAAAACAUUCACUAUGACAGGCAACUCGCUGCAGCCCGGCGUCACCUUCUUGACGAUGACCGAGCUGUUCAGGAAGAAGGAGGAGCUGGGCGAGGAGCGAGACUUCGAGCUCGGCAUCACCUACUUGGAGGUGUACAACGAGCUGGUGAAGGACCUGCUCAAUCCCGGCGCUCCGUUAAGUCUCCGAGAGGAUGCCAAGUACGGCGUCACUGUCGCCGGCAUCAAGGAGCGAGACUUCGAGCUUGGCAUCACCUACUUGGAGGUGUACAACGAGCUGGUGAAGGACCUGCUCAAUCCCGACGCUGCGUUGAGUCUUAGAGAGGACGCAAGUACGGCGUCACGGUCGCCGGCAUCAAGGUGUACGAGAUCAAGAGACCCGACGAGCUGUUCAGUUUGCUGGAGCAGGGCAACAAGAACAGGACGCAGCAUCCGACUGACGCGAAUUCCGAAAGUUCCAGAUCGCACGCCGUCUUCCAGGUGUACCUCAAAAUGACCAUGAAAGCCACCAAAGAGAUCCGCACGGCGAAGCUGAGUAUGAUCGAUCUGGCGGGCAGCGAACGGGGCUCUGCCACCGGCUUUGUGGGCGCUCGCUUCACAGAGGGCGCCAACAUCAACAAGUCUCUGUUGGCGCUCGGCAACUGCAUCAACAGUCUGGCAGACGGCCUCAGACACGUCCCGUACAGGGACUCGAAGUUAACACGACUGCUGAAAGACAGCCUCGGCGGCAACUGUCAAACCGUCAUGAUAGCCAACGUGUCACCGUCGUCGCUCAGCUUCGAAGACACGUACAACACGCUGAAGUACGCUACGCGCGCCAAAAAGAUCAAGUCGUCGAUGAAGCGUAACGUCGUCAACGUGGAGAUGCACGUCGGCCAUUACGUGAAGCUGGUGGAGGAGUUGAGGGGGGAGGUGGCCAGGUUGAAGGCUGAAGCGACGGGGGGAGAGGAGGUGGUGGAGUUGAGAGGGGAAGUGGCCAGGUUGGAGGGGGAGGUGGCAGUGCUGAAGAGGCGGCUGGAGGACGAAACGAAGGUUGACGAUGAGGUGGAAGGGCUGAAGAAAGAAUGCGACAGACUGCGCGGGCUAUUGGAGAACGAGGACAUUACCUUGGAGGACGAGGAAGUGAUGAAAAACAUCAACGAGUUGUUAAUGGAGAAGAGGGAGUAUUUGGAGAGACAGUCGCAGCUCGAGAAGAUCGAAUCGGUGACGGCCUUGAGAAGGCUCCUCAAAGAGGAGAUCGACGCCCGACUGAGCGACAUCUGCACCGACUCGGCGGAGAAGCGACAGGCGCACAAGAAGGUGCGCACGACUAUCGAGCGGUUCAGGCGGCGCGAAACCGCUCUUAAAGAGAACAUCGAGCAGGUGGGCGGCUGCGCGAAUGACGUCGACGACAGACUAAAAGAUAUCGCCAGAGAGAGGCCGCAUCUGAAGAAGCACUUGGACAAGGAGAUGUUCAGGCUGAAGUUUCUCCGGUUGAAGCAUAACCUGCAACUGGAACAGAAAACCAGCGAACUGCUGUUGGACGAGCACGAGGUCAACCUGUCUUUGAUCGAGAAGAUGUCGCUGGCCCUCAACAAGCUCUAUGUCGUGCUGCAAGGCCACGGGAUGUUGUCCAGCGACAUCGCCAAACAGUAUCAGGACGUGGUCGCCACGCUUCGAGGUAGGCGGAACAUCAAGUGGGCGGAGUCGGCCGAUGAGGAGGCGGGGUCGGGAGAUUCGGGGUCGAGAGGUGGCACAUUGUUGACGGAAGGCGUCAACGGCGUUAUAAGAUCGGCGUGCCACAAGCGCAAAAUCGAAGACGCCCGCCCCAGCGAAACGGACAUCCUCGACAAGACGUUCUCGCUGCCCGCCGAGACCGUUACAGCGGUUGCCCCCACCGACCAGCCGCCCGCCGCGAGGGGCGGCAAGCCGACGGGCGCAGCGCACGCGCACGAGCCGCUGAUUUCGAAAGCGAUGAAGGUGCAGCCCGUCAAGAGAUUGGCCAAUCAGAGGAGAGAGAACAUGGGCUUCCGCAGACCAUUCGAAAAGAACACGAUGACAGCAGCGAGGGCUCUGGUGACUGUCAAAUCCAACUCUGCAUUUCGAGGUACAACAAAGACUCCAACUAAAUCAUUGACAGAUCGUCCCAGGUUCAGAAGCUGAAUUACUAGCAAUUAACUUCUAAUGCAUAAUUUUUUUAUAUUUCUUUAUUUCUAUAUAAGUAUUCGGAAGUUUAUAUUGUAAAUAAAAUAUGUAUUUUUACUGCUAGACUGUUGGAUGAAAUGUAAGAUUUUUUAAUUUUUUUUAUUGAAAUGGAAACAAAACUCAUUUGAAACAUUCUCUUGCCUCAUACUGUUCUAUAUUUACGCACUGUAUGGUGUACCUAUUGAAGAUUUUUCUCAAUUAUUGUUCUUGUGAUAUUUAUCGACCUGACGUACUUGAAAAAAUGUUGUCAUUUAUUUGAUAGAGAACAGUCGAGAUGCCAAUUUAAUACAUUGAGACAAUAAAACUGGUUUUGGAACA